UCCGUGGUGCUAUGUUGAGAUGAUCAGCGAAGGCGACAACUCGCAUUAAUAUAUAUAUGUGAGAGGAUUGUGAUUAGGUUGUCUGUCUCAAGAAUUGGUGACAAUACAAUACAAUACAAGAGUUGGAGGUUGAAAAUAAUGGGAUUUGCAGUAGCAGAGCAAGGAUGGAGGAAAGGGCCGUGGACGCCUGAAGAGGAUAAGCUGCUUGUGGAGUAUGUUAGCAGCUAUGGAGAGGGGAGAUGGAGCUGUGUCUCUAAGUGUGCAGGUUUGAACAGGAGUGGGAAGAGCUGCAGGCUGAGAUGGGUUAAUUAUUUGAGGCCUGGGCUUAAGAAGGGCCAUAUUACUCCACAAGAGGAAGGGAUCAUCAUUGAACUCCAUGCCCUUUGGGGAAAUAAAUGGUCAACUAUAGCAAGGUAUUUGCCGGGGAGGACGGACAACGAGAUAAAGAACUACUGGAGGACGCAUUUCAAGAAGAGGAAGUCGUCGUCGUCGUUGUCAUGGCGUGAUGAGAUGAAUGGGAAAUGCAAAAAGGAAGCAAGAAUUGAUGAUAAGAUUGGUAAUGAGGAAGCAAGCGAGAUGAGAGAAGGGAAGAAAGAGAGAGUGAUGGAGAGUGAUGGAUUAAUGUCGGGAACGGCUCAUGAUAAUAACAAUAAUAGCAGGUGGAGUUGGUCUGAUUUUGACAACUGCUUGAAUGUUGGUGGAUUAUGGGAUAUGGAUGAGCAGAGUGGAUGCAGUAAGACGGCCAUUCAUAAUCAGGCUGGUGGCUAUUCGCGCGGCGGCGGCGGUGGCGGAGGCGAUGCUAUGGAUUAUAUCAGUGGAGGAGGAUACAUAUUUUGAGAUAGAAUCAAAUGGUGAUAUUGUAAUUUUGCUAUUUCUUGUUUAGUGGACUAGUUUGGUUGUGGGAUUGAUACUCAACUCAAU